AUGUCACUUUUUGGAGCUUAUGUGAAAUUAAAAAGAAAGUCUUUCUGGGUUAUUAGGUAUGUUGAAAUUUCCUCAGAUGGGAUUUUCACUUAUAGAGACAAAAAGGAGGACAGAUAGAUUAAGGCUGAAUACAAAUUGAGAAAUUGUAAAAUCAAAGAAUUACUCACUAAUAAUGGAUCUUCUCUGCAAAUAUGUCAUAGUGAUGAAUCCAUAAAGAUUAUUACUUAUACUGAAUCUGAACAUAAAAGAUUACUCCAAUCUUUGACUUAGAUAAAAUAUUAAUCUGAAUCGAAAUUUGAGUCACAAUUCCAAGAAUCAUUUCUAAAAUAAUAGUCCCCUUCUAUCAAUAUUCAACAAACAAAAUCUCCCAUUUUCUAACCUGAUUAGGAUCUAAUUAAAUAGGAUUUUGGAGAAGAAGUAAGAACUUUGGCUAAACAAUACAUUAAAAAAUUUGAAUCACAUCAAUCAAUACUCUUUGACAUAAAUGAUGGAGUAUUAAUUUAUAAAUAACAAUAACCAGAAAUGAUCUCCCAAGAUAAUUUAAGUAAAUUUGAUUAGUUGUUUCUUAAGUGUCAAAAUCUUAGCAUAAGGAACUUAAUUGCUAUAUCUACUCUAUUAUUUUUCUUAAUCUCAAUAAUCAUUUACUAUUUCUUGACUUUGGUUGAGAAUUAGAAAUACACUCACAGUAUAAUUCUGACUAUCAAUUUCAUUUUACUCCCCUUUGUAUUCAAAUAAAAGAAAUACAAGAAAGAAAAACCAAAGCCUUUCAUUGUGUAGGGAGUUUGUUACAUGAAUUUUGAUUAUAAUUCUUUAGUCUAUUUGAUGACCAGAAAUGACAUUAGAAAAGAGUGGAAUCCUAAUCUCCUAGCAAUAAAUGCUCAAAAUAAUAUUAUGACUCUAAGUUAUACAAAUUAAGUCAUUGAAAGGUUUUAAUAAGCAAUCUUUGUGGAUUAAGCAUCAUUUUUUAUCGUUGAAUAUUACUAACAAUAAAUUCUCAGAUUGUUCAUAAUUAAGUAUUUAUUUGAGGAAGACAAUAUCGAAAUUAAAUGUUUAGCUCAAAAUACACAAAUACAUUUAUUGCCUUGUUUAAAACAGUUUGUUAAGCAACAAAAAUAGAAUCCUAAAAGCAUCCUAUUUGAAUAUCAAACCCAGAAAGCUUAGAUAGAAUAACCUUCCAUAAUUUAAUCAGAAAUCCUUACUAAAUCUCCUAAAUAUACAUAGGCUGAUGAAUCAACUUAAGAAAUCAUAUAAUCUCAAAUUCAACCAAUAUCAUAAUUCUAACCAUAGCCUAUACAAGUAAGUCCACCAAAAUAAUCUUAUCCUCCAGAGUAUUAAAAAUAUUUUGACAUCACUUUGGAAGCAAAAAAAUUAUUGGAAUCAGUUUAUCCUUUAAAUCCUUCAUGGUAGGUUUAAUCAGAAAAAGGAGGAUUCAUCAUUCAUACAAGAUUUGAUGAGAAUAGCGGGCAAACCAUGAGUAGAGGUGAAGGCAUUGUCCCUUAUUCGAUGGAGUAAAUGUAUGAAAUUAUAGAAAAAGUUGAGAAAAGAGGAGAUUAUGACUCACUAUUCGAUUCAGGUUAUAUGCAUAAGAAAAUUGAUUAAGACACAGGUAUUUUGUAUCAAAGAUUCAAAACUAUUAAAAUAGUGGUCAAAUCCAGGGAUUUUGUAUUAGUUUCUAGAGUCUUCAGAGAAGAAAACAAAUGGAUUAUUGUUGCAAAAUCAAUUGAAUAUCCUGAUAUACCACCAAUAAAGGACUCUGUUAGAGGAGAAUUAAAGAUUGCAGGAUGGGUCCUUUAAAAAAUGGAAUAAGGAACUAAGGCUUGCUUUAUAACUAUGGUUGACCCCAAAGGUUCUAUUCCAACAGCCAUUGUUGCAAGUUCAGCCAAAGAGUAAGGAUUAUGCGUUGAAAAGGUUAAAAAUCUUUUAGAUAAAAGGAAUAAAAAAUGA